GCGACUCGGCAGCCGCGUGGGGACAUGCGCAGAGAGACUGCAGGCUCCUGGUGGCGGCCCUGGGGGCUCUCAAACUUCGAUUGCCUUAGCUUUAGUUUUUUUCCCACAGGUUUAGGGAAAACGACCGGCAGUCUCAAGGAGAAGAGACAGGAUUCCGGCUCCAGAAGCACGGUCUGGAGUCAGGGCUUGGGCCCGGGGAAUCCGCAGUCUGAAACAGGAAACUGCCCUAGCCCCGGACGAGCGUUCUCCGUGGGAUAGUCAGGAAACUUGCCACGGUGGGGAACGGGCCCUGCCUUCCCAGAGGUCCUCUAAAGGAAUAUGACUCAAGACCCACCUUUGCUUGCUGUGCAGGAGGCCCUGAAGAAGUGCUUUCCUGUGGUGGAGGAGCAGCAGGGCUUAUGGCUGAGCACUCUGAGGGACUGUCAACCCCUCCUGGCUUCCCUGGGCAACCUGGCGGAGCAGCUGCAGGCGGCACAUAAUCUGCGAUUCGAGGAUGUGCCGUCACUUCGGGCCUUCCCAGAUUUAAAGGAACGGCUGAGGCGCAAGCAGCUGGAGGCUGGUGAUACUGUCCUGGACAAGUUAGGGGAGAGGCUAAACACCCUUCUCAAGGUGCGUGACACGGUCAGCAGCCAUGUGGAGCGAGUGCUUCAGAUCUAUGAGCAGCACGCAGACACAGUGGGCAUUGAUGCUGUCCUACAAGCUUCGGUUGUGAGUCCCUCUGUGGCUGACAUGCUGGAAUGGUUGCAAGAUAUGGAGAGACAUUAUCGAAAUUCGAAGGUACCUGAAGAGAAAGUACCUCCUGUCCUCCAUCCAGUGGGGAGACUUGGCAAACAUCCAAGCUUUGCCCAAGGCCUGGGACCAGCUUCCGGAAGAUGAACACCAAGAGCUUGUGCAAGGUGCUGAUAUCCUAUUGAAUGUUUCCUUCUUCCUGGAAGAAUAAAGCAGCUGUGUGUUUAUCUGGAGACUAGGGGGAUGCAGUUGAAGACUGGCCUUCUGCAUUCUGGUGUUUCUGAAGGAAUGGCGGUAUUGCGACCUGACACAUUUGCCAACUCAAUGCCUACGGUCUAAGGACUGGCUCUUGGGAGGAUUGUGCUGGAUGCUUCUGAUGCUGGAUGCUGGCUUUUCCCUGCCAGGUCAUGGCUGAGAGCACAUGACCCCCCUCUGAGGUAGAGAGAGUGCAGGAAAGGCAGUGCGGAAGAACACCGGGGGCAGAAGCAGCAGCCACAGAAGUGGUAGGGGAGGCAAGGACAGGGUAGAGAGCGGCACCACCCUCGGCAUCAUCCAGAGCUCUGAGCCUCGUUGAUGCCAGGUCCUAGUUUCGGGUAUUUGUGUCAGUACUGAAUUCCUUCAUGAAAGAAAAAAUGGCUUCAGUGUCUUCAAGAAACAGUACAGGUCUCCCUCAGCUUAUAGUGGGGGCACAUCCCAAUAAACCCACCUUAAGUGGAAAACAAUGUGAGUCAAGAGCAUAUACUACACUGACCUACCAAACAUAGCUCAGCCCAGUCCACCUUAAAUGUGCUCAGAACAUGUACAGUGGGGCAAAUUAGCUUAAGUCUAACAACACAAAGUUUAUUUUAUAAUAAAGUGCUAAAAAGUUUUGAAUAUUUCAUGUCAUUGAAUACUGCACUGAAAGUGAAAAACAGAAUGGGUUUGAUACAGCGUGAUUGUAAGUGAUUUGACUCUUUGUCCCUGGUGUUUCCAUAGUUUCCUUCUCUAGUCCCAUUGCCGUCGUUUACUCUGGAGAUCGUGUGACUGGGAGCUGUGGCUUCCGCUGCCCAGUAUCAGGAGAGGUAGCCUACUGCAUAUCGCUAGCCUGGGAACAGGCCGGAAUUCAAAGAACGCGUAUCAUUAUCGCACCAUGUUUAAGUGGAAAAACUAAGGGACUCCUGAGUGUUUUCUGAUCGCAGUAGCUCCUUGUGAAGACAAUGUCAGCUUCCAGAGCCUACCAGCAGGGGGAGGUGGUGCAGCAUGAAUUAGCCUGAAGGUCCCCGGUGGUGUUGAUGCUGAUGAUCUGAGGACCAGACUGAGUUGGAGAGAUGUAGGUUGUGAUACAGUAAUAAAGGUAUGUAAAAGAAUGGAAUGCCAUGGGAGAAUAGAGGUGACGAUAACUAGGUGCUCAUGGGAACACAUAGUGACAUCUGAGUUAAGCCCUCCGGCUGGUUUUACGGGAGGGCUGGGAGAGGAGUGCAUGGCAUUCCACGCACAGGGGACAGGCUAACAAAGGCAGUGUUCGAGAAGGAGGCAGCCUUCAUGUAUCAGAUGCGUGCUGUGUGCCAGUCAUUGUGCUGUUGCCUUUACCCUGUAGAACUGCCAGGUGUUAAUAGUUAGGUAAUAGCAAGUCUAGACUGAACUAGAGUUCAUAGAGGGGUGGAAGAAUGGCAGGAAAUGCCUCUGUCCCCAGCUGAGCCUUCAGACGAGACCAUAACAGCUUGACUACAACUUCAUGAGGACCUAAGCCAAAGACAACCAGCUAAGCAGUGCCCAGAUUCCUGACCCAUGGAAACAGAUAAUAAAUGUUAGUUUGAAGUCAUUAAGUUUUGGGGUAAUUUGUUCCAUAGCAAUAGGUAACUAAUAGAACAAGCAGAUAAGCUUUUGUGUUUUCUCCCUAAUUUUAUGUGAAUAGUAGCAUACUGUAUACCCAGUGUUGCACAUUGUUUUUUCCACUUGAUGUAUCUUGGAGAUGGUUCUGUAAGAAUACAUAAAAUCCUUUAUUUUUUCUAAAA